CGACGCAAAUUUGAUUAACUGAAUAAAUAAUGAUAUUAUUGAAUAAAUAAUGGUAUUUGUUGAUAACAAAUAAUGUUUAUCUCAUGGAUCAUAACUGGAAUAAUAAUAAUUUAUAAUUAUUUAAAAAAAAAAUUCAAUUGUGCUUAUUUUAUCGACAAUCAAAUAAAUAAAAUUCAAAUUUUAUAUCACAGCAAUAAUUAUUUGAUUAUUAAUAAACCAUAUGACAUUGUAAUUAAUAGUGACGAUGUUAAUGUUAAGUCAUUGCAGACAGAAUUAAGGAAAAUAUUUCCAAAUUUAGCUAAUCCAUUAUUAAAACAUGAAUUUCAUUUUGUUCAUCGUCUGGAUUAUCCAACAAGUGGGGUCAUGUGUGUUGCAUUGAAUAAACAUUCAGCUCGAGCGGCAUCAAAUGCUUUUGAAAGACGAUUGGUUAAAAAAUAUUAUCUAGCUUUAGUUCAUGGUCACAUCAAAGAAUCGUUAUUAAUUAUUAAUCAACCAAUUGGUCAAGAUAGCAGGGAGCUGAUCGGAAAUAAAAAAAUGUGUCCAAGUGAUGAUAUUUAUUGUGAAAAGCCUAGAAGCUGUUGUACAGCAUUACUAGUUUUAGAAAAGGGUUUAAGAGAUGGUAAACCAGCUACAAAAAUUCUUCUAAGACCUUCAACAGGACGUAGACAUCAAUUAAGAGUUCAUUGUUCUUAUAUUGGUCAUACCAUUAUUGGUGAUUAUACUUAUAGCAAUAGAAAGGACUCUAUACCUCAUAGGACUUUUUUACAUUCCUUUAGAUUAAUUUUAAAAAGUGAAAUAGAAAGUGUUGAUAUUCAAACACCAGAUCCUUUUAACAGUGAUGUUGAUCUAAACAAAUGGAUUCCUACAACAAUAGUGAGGACUCUUGAUGCCACUGCAUUCAAAACAAUUGAUCAAUUGAUUUGAAAUAAAUCAUCAGAUUUCAAUCAAACCAACAA